AGCAGCAGAUCGGCUAAGCCCACACCCCCAUUACCAUAACCUCUCUGGCUCUUCUCGGACUCUCCGAACAGGACACACCCUUGCAGCCCCAGAUAAACAAGCUAAGGUUUAGGUACCUCUAUGUCAACCAGUCCCAAUUCCAUGAUGGGGCCUAGCCCCUCUGAGACCCCUUCCUCAAUGCUCUUCAGUGAUCUGGACGACCUCCAUAACUGGACAGAACUGAUACAUUUCUUCAAUCAAACCUUUUCUGAAUGUGAAGUCAAGCUCAAUGAAAAUGCCAAGCGGGUGGUCCUUUUUGUACUCUACCUGGCCAUCUUUGUGGUUGGACUAGUGGAGAAUCUGCUAGUUAUCUAUGUCAACUGGCGAAGCUUGGGCCAAGGGAGACUGCUCAAUCUCUAUGUCUUCAACAUGGCUGUGGCCGACCUGGGUAUCAUCCUGUCUUUGCCCGUGUGGAUGCUAGAAGUCACCCUGGACUACACCUGGUUGUGGGGUAGCUUCUUCUGCCGCUUCACACACUACUUUUAUUUUGCCAACAUGUACAGCAGCAUCUUUUUCCUAACCUGCCUCAGCAUAGACCGCUACAUCACACUCACCUCCUCAUCCCUUUUCUGGCAGCACCAUCAGCACCGGGUACGGAAAGGUCUCUGUGCAGCCAUUUGGGUCCUUUCUGCCCUCAUCCCACUGCCGGAGGUGGCUCACAUCCAUCUGGUGGAAGCCAUGGAUCCAAUGUGUCUGUUCUUGGCCCCAUUUGAGACAUACAGUUCCUGGGCAUUGGCGGUCACCCUCUCCACCAUAGUCCUGGGCUUCCUACUACCCUUUCCGCUUAUGAUAGUUUUUAAUGCACUGACUGUUUACAAGCUCCAUCAGGCAGGACGGCCAGAGGCUCGGCGCCACGGCCUGUUGGUUUGUGCCUAUGUGGCUGUUUUUGUGGUCUGCUGGGUGCCCUACCAUGUCACAUUGUUGCUGCUCACAUUACAUGGGAACCACAUCUUCCUCCACUGCUACCUGGUCCACGUCCUCUACUUCUUCUAUGAUGUCAUCGAUUGUUUAUCGAUGCUGCACUGUGUGGCUAACCCUAUCCUCUACAACUUUCUUAGUCCCAGCUUCCGUAGCCGGCUGAUGGGUGCAGUGGUCCACUAUAUUCCUAAGGACCAGACCAGAAAAGACAGGGCUUCCUCCUCCUCCUCUACCACCAAGCAUUCGAUCAUCAUUACUAAGGAGGGAGCCCAAGUCAACUAGACAGGACCCUCU